GUGUGGGCAUGCGGCGUCAUACUGUACAUAUUGCUUGUCGGCUAUCCUCCGUUCUGGGAUGAGGACCAGCAUCGCCUGUACCAGCAGAUCAAAGCUGGCGCCUACGACUAUCCGUCACCAGAGUGGGACACCGUCACGCCGGAAGCGAAGAAUCUUAUCAACAGCAUGCUGACGGUGAACCCGGCGAAGCGCAUCUCUGCCAUCGAGGCUCUCAAACACCCGUGGAUCUGCCAACGGGAGCGUGUUGCGUCAGUGGUGCACCGGCAGGAGACCGUCGACUGCCUGAAGAAGUUCAACGCUCGCCGCAAGCUGAAGUGGUGCGAGCUGACCCUUAAUAGCGACGGUAGCUGUGGGCAUGAACGCAGCCAGUUCCGUGCAAGGCAGGAAGGCAGCCAGAGCAUAGAGACAGACAGACGAGACAAGCAGGCAGGCCAGACAGACGGCAGGCACUUGCAAGCGCAGGAUAUGCAGAUCCACAGGUCUCACCAGAGACGCGACUAA